UAUGAUUCAAUAGAUUUGUCUACUCCCGGACUUUUAGAGAUGACAGGAAUUAAUCAACAUGUAAUGGCAACUGCAAGCGGUCUGAAUGAUUAUGACUACCAAAAUCUUUCAAAUCUUACAAUGGGACACAAACAGUUAAAUCAAAUACAAACCAUUAACAAGAUUCCAAUUCCGCCGGAAAUUCUGGAGCAUUUUAAACAUAUUAAGUGUCAUUGCAUGAUGGGGUUGUUCCCGGAAAUAGGAAGGGCAUGGCUAACCAUUGAUUCUGAAAUUUAUAUUUGGACAUAUGAACAAACGCGUGAUGUUGCUUAUUAUGAUGGACUUAGCCAUUUAAUCGUUAGUGUUGGUUUGGUUAAGCCAAAAGCAGGAGUAUUUAUAAGUGACGUGAAAUAUCUAUUGAUUUUAACAACUCCUAUAGAAGUUAUUGUGCUCGGGGUUACAUUUGGAGACACAACAAAAACAAUUUCGUCCCCAAUACGCAGUAUUCAAAAUACAGCCACAUUCGAGGAAAUGCAGUUAAUGAGCAAACCUAUAUUUGUUCUAAGCACAGACAAUGUUUCCAUUAACGUCGUAUUGGGCACGGAAAAUGGUCGAAUUUUUCUCGGUGGAAGAGAUGGAUGUUUGUAUGAAAUAUAUUAUCAAGCUGAGUCAAGCUGGUUUGGAAAACGCUGCAAAAAGAUUAACCACUCUCAGGGUAUUGUUUCGUACAUAGUUCCCAGUUUCCUUAAAGUAUUUUCGGAAAUUGAUCCCAUUGCCCGCUUGGCUACCGACAAAACUCGAAAUAUGCUUUAUGUUUUAACAGAAAAAGGUUGUAUUGAAGUAUGGGACAUGGGCCAAGAUUUUAAUUCAAUGCGACGUUUGACAAAGGUGACUCAAAUUGAAAUCGCACAAAGUGCUAGCAAUAUUAUUAAAACUGUUGAUCCAGCAGUUUUGAAACCUAUUAAAUCAAUUUGCCCAUUAACUAUGGAGGAUGAUAAUAACCUAAACUUAUUAGCUGUAACGCAAUGUGGUGUUCGCUUGUUUUUUGCUACCACGCCGUUAAACUAUUUACAUAGCCAUGCCAAUAAAACACAGCAAGGUGCCCAAGUUGCAGUACCAAAUUGUUCUCCAAUUGGAAACGCAACCGAAUCAGGUGCAAAUUCAGGGUCACCUACAAACGCAAUACAUAUCGAACAACGGCAGCAAGGUUUGUACUUAUUGCAUGUGCGUCUUCCACCUGGUUAUACACCAAACACAACAAUUAACAAGCCCAAGCAAGUGCAUUUAGCACACUACAAUGAGGGUACCUUACUAUUGGUUUCAACUCCUCAACAAGAUCAAGACAUUUUAUGGUCAAUAAGCUCCGCACCAUUUCCAAAUCGAACACAUCUCACCGAGUCUACAACUGUAAUACCUUUGGAUGGAAUAGUUUGGAGUUUGUCUGAAGUACCUAACCGUUGUAAUGCAAAUCUUCAGUCAAUUCUGCGUAAAGCACAAAAACCAAAUAAAGUAGUGCUAUUAACAAAUCAAGGUGCACACAUUAUAGCAUUGCUGAAACCUAUCGAUAUCCUACAGCAAUUGUUAAUCGCUUGUCACGGACCGCAGCAUGAAGCGGUCAAGGCGUUCUUCCAGGUUCAAGGGGACAGAGAGGCAUGUUUUACUGCACUGCUUUUGACUUGCUGUGAGCAAUAUCGCGGAACUGAUUUGGCUAUGUGGGCAGCCCAAGCAUUUAUGUUGUAUGGUGGAGAGCCAACAUUAUCGGGUCAAAUGCAGUUAAACCGAGGAGGGGUGGACCCACAAGGAAACCGUUCGUAUAUUGGUGGUGCUGGUCCUCAGGAAAAUCAUCAUAUGACGCAAAUGUUCAUGUCCACGCCCAUGCCAAAUACUGUUGCUGGACAUGGAAUCAAUCGACUAAUCGAAAAUAUUAACAUUCAAAGACCUUUUCAGUCAGCACAACAACCUUUAAGUCCGAUUUACAACCCAUCCAAUCAGAUUGGAUCUGGCAUCGCAUCUGUAAAUGAUAUUAAUGUUGUCGUCUACUCUUCAAAACACGAUAGUCUCUACAUAUAUGUAGCUCGUCUUUUACGGCCGAUAUGGAAAACUCGCUGUGUCGAUGAAAAACUCAAUAGCAAAUUAAGUCAAGUUGAUUGCACUGUUAUUUUAGAAGAUUUAUAUGCAGUCAAACAAUUUUUGGAAUCUAAUUCUGUUAACGAUUUAUCUUGUAUCGUUCGCUCUUUAAAUAACCACCACAGCAUUGUUGGUGGUUAUAACACUUUGCCCCACAUAAUUACCCAAUCGAAUGAUAUACAAGUGAAUGCAAAUGAACAAGCACAAGCCGAGGAAAAAAGAUCCCUCACCGCAUUGAUAUAUUUUAUAAAACAUACAUGUGAAGUAUUAGCCUUAUGGAAAAUAUUGUGUGAGCAUCAAUUCCACAUAUUAGCUUCUCAGUUACUUAAGGAACAACAGUCUUCAUUAAUCACAUGCUCGUUUCGUGAUUUGAUAUUAUCACGGUCAGAAUUGUGUGCGCUCUUAAUCGUUGCACUGAUAAACAGUUAUCUGAAAGACAAUGCUUCAGUUAGCACCAUAUCGUCAAAAUUAAGGGAUGUAUGCCCGAACUUGUACCGCCAUGAGGAUGCAGUGUCAUUUAAAGCUACAGAAAUUUUAAUGAAUUCCAAAAAUUGUGUGUCAUUGGAAGAAAAACAGGAAAAGUUAAGAACUGCUUUGCAAUUGUGCAAAGAUGCUGCCCCCAAUUUGCCAUUGCAAAACAUAUGCCAACAAUUUACGCUUAGUGGAUUUUAUGAAGGUGUUAUAGAACUUACUUCGACAUGUGCGGCUAAAAUGGAUCCCGAAGAAUAUGGAAUACAUUUUUACUCAAAUGGAGAACCUGAGGAUGACAGAGAAGGAUAUGCUUCAUAUGCAGCUCGUAUGAAUUGCUACAAAGAAGUGCGACUUAUGCUUGAUCACGUUUUUCAAUCAGUUUGUAACAAUAACGCCAACCAUGAUAUAUUAUAUAAUCCUUGUGGAAAUGCAAGUGGAAACUCAAAUUCACAUGUUAUGGAGAUUGUUGGUAUGGCAGUACAAGUAAACGAUCCCCUUUUACAUGUCUGCGUCUAUGAAUGGUUAUUGGUCCAUGAUAUGCUAUCUGAAUUAUUAUCUUUGACAGAACAGUCAUUAGGAGAAUUUUUGCGACGUAAUGUUGUUCGAAAUGCUGACAAUAUAAACUUAAUUGAUCUUCUUUGGAAAUAUUAUGAAAAGAAUGGAUAUCAUGCACAAGCAGCUCGCAUUUUAGAUAAUCUAGCAUCAACGGUUAGUGAUGGAAUUCCCCUACAGCAGAGAAUUGAGUAUUUGGCCAGAGCAGUGAUGUGCAUGCGAAAUGACGGCGUUGGAUAUUCAAUAACGAAUGGUGUUCUUCUGAAAGAGUUAGAAGACAAGUUAGAAAUUGCUCGAGUUCAAAAAACUGUAUUGGAUGCUGUUUCGGAACAUGCUGCUAAAAAUAGAAAUGGAUCGGAAGCUGUAAAGGAACUUAACAAAAGUCUGUUUGAUAUUACUCAACUAUAUGAAAACUAUGCAGAUCGAUUCAACUUGUGGGAAUGCAAACUUACUAUUUUAAACUGUUCUCAUCAUAAUGAUCCUUUACUGAUUGAAUCCGUGUGGAGUCAAAUAAUUGACAAUGCCAUUAAUGAUUCCAAUUCAGUACAAGAUAAAUCAACGCGUUUAUUCUCUAAAAUUGAAACACUAUUUAAGGAGUUUGGAGAAUCCGGUCACUGCUUCCCCCUUGCUUUUAUAAUACGUGAGUUAGAAAUAAAGGCAUGUCAGUUAAAGCUCCCUGAGGGUAUCGUGCCUGAAAAAUUGGCAGCUCUUAAUAUUGACCUCGAACUUCUCAUGGAAUAUUACUCAAGGAUGAUCUCCAUUAAUGAAAGAAUUUGGGCUAAUGAAGGCAAUGAAUGGCAUUUGGUCCAAUCGUCAAUACGUGUAAUAUCCUUGUUGUCGAAUAACGCGCAUGCACUAUGGUCUCGAUCUAGAAGACGCAUCAUAGGAAAAGCUCAGGAUAUGGUGUCCGUUUGUUUGAAUAUCUGUUAUCAAAAACCUGGUACUGAACGCAUGCAGCAAACUUUAAAAGAACUCCAAUGUAACCUUCAAAGAAAUUUAUCUUAAAGUAUGU